AACCUGAGUUUAAUUGUUUUUCUGGCUGUUUGCUAAGUUCAUGGUUUAAUUAGCUAGAAUAAUGACUUUUAGCUAUGAAUUAUGCUGAUGAUCUGGUUUUUGCACAUUUAUGAGGUUCUGUUAUGAAUUAUCUGGGUAUAAGUUUUAGCAUUAAUUCUCUGAACAUGAUUUUAGUCGUUUCUGGGUGGUUGCUAGGUUCGAGGUUUAGUUAGCUGGAAUAGUGACUGUUAGCUAUGAAUUAUGCUAUUUACUUUUGAUUAGUUCAUGCUGCUUCCAUUAGGAACAACAUUUUCAGAUUAAAGAAAAUUUGUCAAACUCUCUGCAGUUGUAACUUCACUUUGAGUGCUAUCCUCUUCGACGCUCAACACACAUUGCUAUCUGUUUGAUGACUCUGAUUAGGUGGUUAAACAUGGAAAUGGAACAGAAGAAGAGUGUAAAGAAGCUCAUCUAGUGGUCGACAUUGUUGCAUAUGGAGGUUCGGACCCUCAUUCUGCUGUAAAAGAGCAUAAAUCUAUUCACAUCCAUGAAAUGACACAGUGGCCAUCAAACCCUAAAAGCUUGCCAAAGAUACUCCGUCCUUUAUUGCUCAUAUUUAAGCCAUUGGUCCAGUUUGUUAUGCUUCUAUGGUAUCUGUGUGUUAAAAUUCCGGCACCUGAUGUUUUCAUAGUUCAGAAUCCACCAUCCGUUCCUACACUGGUUGCUGUAAAAUUAGCCAGCUGGAUUAGACGUUCCGCAUUCGUUAUAGAUUGGCAUAACUUCGGAUAUACUCUUCUAGCAUUGUCUCUUGGGAGAAAUAGUCGGUUUGUGGCUUUGUAUCAUUGGAUCGAAAAGCAAUUUGGGAAAAUGGCAAAUGGUUCCUUGUGUGUGACAAGGGCAAUGCAACAUGAAUUGGCUCAAAACUGGGGAAUUAGUGCCACUGUUCUAUAUGAUCAGCCUCCUGAAUUUUUUCGACCCGCUUCCCUCGAGGAGAAGCACAAGUUGUUUUGUGGGAUUGAUAAGAGUCUGAGAACGCCUUACAGCCUUCAAGACUGUCUUAGCAAUGAGGUUCUAACAACAGACGAUGACAAUCCUAAUGUAACUCUAUUUACAACUCAGACGCACACAGAUAUUUCCUUGAAGUGGAACAGACCAGCACUCAUUGUAAGCAGUACAAGCUGGACUCCAGACGAAGAUUUUAGCAUUCUCUUAGAAGCAGCACUAAUGUAUGAUAGAAGGGUUUCUGCAUUACUGAAUGAGGAUGACUUGAAGAGGGAGGAUGUUUUCUGGCAGGAAAUCAAGGGUGGGAAGCAAUACCCUAGGUUAUUAUUUAUAAUUACAGGCAAAGGGCCUGAAAAGGAAAAAUAUGAACAGAAGAUAGCAAAACUCAACCUUAAACGUGUAGCAUUUCGUACUAUGUGGUUGGAGCCAGAGGAUUACCCAUUGCUUCUUGGAUCAGCAGAUCUUGGUGUUUGCUUGCAUACUUCCUCUUCAGGGUUGGAUCUUCCAAUGAAGGUUGUGGAUAUGUUUGGCUGUGGAUUACCGGUCUGUGCUGUUUCCUACUCUUGCAUCAACGAGCUGGUCGAAGUUGACAAGAAUGGCUUACUCUUCUCUUCAUCAUCGGAACUGGCAGAUCAAUUUAUGAUGCUGUUUAAGGGAUUCCCAGGUGAAUGUGAUGAGUUGAAGUCACUGAAACAAGGAGUAUUGGCAAGCAGAUCUUCUGUUAAUUGGGCAACAGAGUGGGAAGCAAACGCUAAACCCUUAAUAUCCAAGGUUAUUUUUGAGAACUCGAGCUGAUUUUGAAGCAAAGAUUUCAGAACUCCGGUGUCUAUUACCCCCAUCUGAGGUAUCUUGGAAAUUAUAUGCUCACCUAGUGUCAUGCUGCAAGCCGAGAAACAGCGGGUCCCUGCUAAUCCCCUGUCCCCUUCCCGGCUCCACAGAGCAACCAAUUUUUGCAGCUCUAUUAGGAUCAUUAGUCAAAGAUUUCUGUUUUUGUUUUGUGAAAACUGAGGUUGUACAGCUUUAGAAGUGGCCAUAGCACUGUUGAGAUUUCACUUGCCUUUACCUCUCUUCUUGUUCUUCUUAGUAGUUUAACAUUGCUGUUGAACAAAAGAUAUAGUAUAACAUUAGGGCAAAACAGGCCUGCAGCGUAGGUUGAUUUACAUGUUCCCAGAAUACAUUCUGUGUGUGUUGAACCAAGAAAAGGAGAGAAAUAACUGAUGUGAACACACUUAAAUAUCAGUGUUUGUAUAUCUGUUA